UUCGCGUGUGUGAUCCGUGGAACAUUAUUUAUAAUUUGGUCUAAUUAUAGUUUUAUUUCACAUAACGCGCCCCAAAGUUUAGUGAAAAAGGUGCGGUUGUUUGCGAACGGUGUAUCUACGCGAAACGCUCCCGAAACAUGUGUUUCGAUGUCAAUAUAAAGUUUGUGAAUUGAUGACACUGGCGAGUUUGUAAGCCAGUGGACAAUUCGUAAUUAUUUCUGAUAGCAGUUAUUAAAUUGUUAAUGGAUUGUUCGGGGAAUUUGCGGGAACGUUUGCGGGCGAUGUGCCGACAGCGUAUGAAUCUGGGAUAAGUGUAUUCUGUGAUAGCGGGAGUGUGAAUUACUGAAGUCCAUUUCCGGUGGUAUCGUUAUGUAUCGUCGAUGAAUUGUGAUCGUUUAGGCGUGAUUUUAAACGGCGGGAUGGCGAACUCUACCAUCGGAGCAACGUUCGAUGAAAAUGACAUGUCCAGCUGGUACUUCGGUGGACUGUCGCGGGUGGAGGCCACAGAGCUCCUUUUAAAUGAGACUGAACGGGGAGUAUUCCUUGUGAGGGACUCUAAAACUAUACACGGGGAUUAUGUGCUUUGUGUCAGGGAGGACCGCGUGUCACACUACAUCAUCAACCGCGUGGUGUCGGCGGACGGCAGCACGCGGUACCGCAUCGGCAACCAGCUGUUCGCGGACAUGCCGGCGCUGCUGUCGUUCUACCGCCUGCACUACCUCGACACCACGGCGCUGGUGCGACCGUUGCCGCAGGCCCGCGCCAAGUCGGCGCCCGCCGCCCCGCCGCAGCCGUUCCACGUGCUAGAGGUCGUCGUCGCCAAGUUCGACUUCGAUGGCAGUGACGCGGACGAUCUUCCGUUUCGACGCGGCGAGAGGUUGAUGGUGAUCAACCGAGACGAGGAGCAGUGGUGGACGGCGCGAAACGUGCAGGGCAAGACGGGCUCCAUACCUGUGCCCUACGUGCAGAGGCUGCUGGACCCGUCGGGAGUGCCGUACCCGGCGACGGAGGCCAUGAACCAGCUGGGAGACCCGCCCAGUCCGCCCAGCAACAAGCAGCCGCAGAAAGGCACCAACAUGCAGCGGACACUGCCUGCGAUGGCGCGGGUGCGACAGUCGCGAGUACCCAACGCGUACGACAAAACAGCACUCAAGCUACAGGAGGGAGAUAUAAUUAAGGUGACAAAAAUGAACAUCAACGGACAAUGGGAGGGAGAGCUCAACGGCAAAGUGGGACACUUCCCCUUCACGUAUGUCGAGUUCCUGGACGACGUACCCAGCUAAAGUGAAAUCAAAACCGAAAAGUGUUUUAAGUGUCCCACAAAAGUGAUUUAGUGAAUCCAAAGCGAAUUAAAUCCCUAAGUGAUUUGAUAAUACAAAAGUGAUUUUUUAAAUCUUAAAGUGAAUUAACAAAUCAAGAGUGAUUCAAAACGAUGGAUAUUCAAACGAGUCGUAAGCUGUUUAUAAUGACAUUAUGAGGAGAUUAUUUGAGAUACUUCUAAUCUAUAUUCUUAAUAUAAAUAGAGGACAAUAUUAUUUGUGUAAUAAGUUAUGUCAUUUUAGAUGUUAUUAGUGAAUCAAUUUCCAUAAUCAAUUCAGGCAUUGAAACUUCCACUUUAACUCUCGAUUCAUGUCUUUAUAUACCUUAAGUAUACAAUGUUCACACUCGAAAUUGUGGCUGCGUUUUCUAGUAUCGAAAUGUAACGUCAAAGUAAUUUGGACUUUAUUGCGUCUGUGCUAGAGUAACUAAUCCUGCCAGUUCUACCAAUAGUGAACUAAUUUGAGCUUUAACACAAGCUCUGUUCUUUUGUUUUAAUACUUUACUACAUAAUAACUUAAAAAUUCAUGUAUAUAGGCGAAACUUAAUACCUGGAGGCAUUUUCUACCAGUCUAACAUUUGGUAAAGUAGAUAAAUUUAUGAUUGUGCGUUGAUAAACAUUUUGUAAAAUGAAAACUAAUUUGGGAAGAUACAACUUCGUAACUUAUCAUCGUCAUCAACAUCAUCAUAUCAACCCGUAAGCUGUCCACUACAGGGCACUGGC